GUGAUGCCUGCAAUGUCCGUGUCUAUGACGGCGUUUCUCCUGGGGUUUCACGUGGUACAGGGUGUCCUGGGAUCCUUCCAGCUGCCCACCUUCAUCCAGACUUUGUCUAAGGACAGACCCAACAGUCAUGGAGAUCGACUUUUCACCUUACCCCCGAAUGUUCUGAAUGUAGAGAACAUCAAAAAGUUCACACCCCGCAAACGUCACUUAAAGCCUAAAAAACUGCUGAAGCGACUUGGAAGUGACUUUGAUUCCUUCUGGAUGUCAGUGGAUCUCCCUGAUGAUCUUCUAGAGACACACGUUAAACAGAAGCUGGACACGUCCCUACAGGAGCAACUUCACACGCUCAACCUGACUUCACUGGAACACACCCUGCAUGCCAAAUUUAGCAGUGAAAAUGGCAGCAGAGGUGAUGGUAGCAGUAGUGGUACCGGGAACAAGAAUGGUGGCAGUGAUAUGACUUCAGAUGUUUUAGAAGUGGUGAAAUCCUGGCUUAUGCAGAAAUCCUCUUGUCCUGUAUAUUACAGAUGGGAAGACCUGGGUCUGCUCUAUUGGCCACGCUGGGUCAGAAUAGGCAUGUGCUCUAUAAAAGACACUCCACUAUUCAAGCUGGGGUCUGAAACUGCGUCAAAAAUACCCAAAUUCUCACCCUGCUCAUGGCCACCCGGCAUGCACUGUGUUCCCGCCAAAGCCAGACGGCUGAAGAUUCUUCGCUGGCAAUGCCGAAGUAAUAAAGCUCUAAAUAACUUCAACAGGUUCAAGUUGCCUGGAAUGAUGUCGCCUCGAAGUCUGCCUACGUCAUCCCAGAAAAACAUGACAAAAGCUCAGCAUGCUACAGAUAACCAGGAUUUGAUGAAGCAUCUUGGUAAAGGACUGAACAUUUCAGUUCAGGAUGUUCAACAACUUGAAAAAAUUCUGAACAUUGAAAACAUACAAAUUAAAAACAACAGUUUACAGAAACCUUCAGAAACCACACGCCGUGACCAGAGUGAAUUUGUAAACAAUAAACAAAAUAAAGAUACAGAAAAACAUCACCGUCAAAAGUCACAGUCGUUUCAUGAUAAACAUAAAGACAUGACAAGCAUUUCUGAUGAUGCUAAACAUGGCAGACCUGGGGAUAAACCACACAACAGUGUGGGUAAUAAGAAAGCAGAUAACGAAGAUGAUGGUAGCAAUGAUACGGAGAACUGGAGCAGAACACCCUGGAAAGAACGGCAAAGAACUUUGGACCUCAAGUGUAAAUGGACAAAGAUUCCCUAUCCUGUAACUGAUGACUGUUUUUGUUCAUGUUGA